ACCUUGGCAUCCUUUUAAACUUAUAAAUUGGGACCCACCAUCCCUUCCAACUCCGCAUGGAUUAGCUGAUGCAAGAGGAGAGCCUUCUGCUGGCUUCCUACGUUCUACCUCCCGUUCUGCUCUUGCGUUUGCGAUGGGUUGGUUGCUGAUCUGACUUUAAGAGGCACCGAAUCAUGAGUCUUCAGGCUCAGCCAAAGUCUUCAAACAAGAGAGCUGGAAAGCGGGUUGCAUUUUUUAAUGAGCAAGAUGCUCUCCUGAAGGAAGCUCACCAGCAGCAACAGCAGCAGCAGCAGCUAAAAGAAGGACAGUAUUACGGCCACGGAGGGAAUGUGCCUCCCACCCAGGCCAUGGAGCUGACCAAGGCUGGGGUUUUCAGCAGCAUUCCCAGCAAUGCUGCGUUGCUGAAUUCAAUGUAUCAGGACAGAGGGGAGGGGAGGUUGACACCCCACCAAGUGGCUGCUGCCAAGUGGCAGAAUUCCCUAAUGGGAAACCGGCUGCCUGAGCGAAGUGAGGCAAAUUGGCAGCCUCAGCCCGGUGGGUGGAACCAUGGCAUAGUUUAUGGUGGCAACCAGAAAGGAGGACAUCCUAAUGCCAGCAUUACAGAUUACUAUGGCCACCCAGAUGCCCUGAAAAGAAACAGGGAGAAAGGGGGAGUGGUAUCACAGCUGAACUUGUAUGGAGAUGCUGUCCAGCAGAUGCUAUCUCAAAAGGCCCAGUUGGAACAGCAAGCGUUGGCCAGGCAGCAAGCCCAGAUUACCUCUUUCCAGCAAAUGCAGCAGCAGCAACAGCAGCAGCAGCAGCAGCAACAAAAUCAAAGCCUCUCUCUGCAACCUUUUCAACUGGCUUUUGGACAGCAGGGCCAGAAGCAGGGUCUUCCUGAGUUAUUGCAUGUUCUUCAACAGGCUCCCACAUCUUCCAGCCAGGCUUUCACUGCCCAGCAGAAACAGCAAGCUCUUCCACAAUUGCAGCUGUUUGAAAACUAUUAUUCCCAACAGCAGCAGCACCAUCACCACCACCAACAGCAGGCAGGAGUGCAAACUUUUGGCCUUCAGCCAUCGGCUUCUGUGCCACAGACACAUCUGGGAGCACCUCCUCAGCCUGUUCAACAUCAUAUGGUUUCCCAUCAGUUCCACCCAGUUUCUGAGAGGAAUCAGGAGUUGCUGAAGGCUCUGACAGAACAGAACCCCCAGGCGGUUCUACCGCAGGCACAAAUCAAUCUCCCAAGGAGAUCACGCAGGCUUUCCAAGGAAGGUGUCCCACCAGUACCUUCUGGAGAAGAAACGCUGGUCUCCAAGGCAGUUGAGAACUACCCUGGGAACAUUGUGCCAACCCACCCCUGGCCAUCACAGCAACACCCGGAAGUCCAGUUCCAACCUCAGUCUGAAAUGUUCAGUCACAAAGAAAGUUAUUCGCAACUAACUAGGGCAGAACUAGAGCGUGGAGAUAUGCCAUCGGGGAGUCAACCGAGCCAGCCUGACAUGGAGAUGAUGGGCAUGUAUGAGAAUGCCCAAGAAGCAGGAAAGCAGGUGGCUGCCACUGAUGGCAUUGGUCCGAGAACAAACGACUUUGGUGCAGUUAGAGGAGGAGUCAUCCAGAGUACCCGGAGGAGACGGCGUAUUUCUCAAGAGGCCAACCUCUUAACCUUGGCUCAGAAAGCCGUCGAGUUGGCUUCUCUUCAGAAUAUCAGGGAACCUGAAAUGUCAGAAGAAAAAAACAAAAGUGAGGCAACGGCUGCUGCCCCAAGGAGUGUUGUAGAAUUUGCCAGCUCUUCCCCAGCCCCAAAGAGAGUCCGGGAGGAUAACAGCCAUGCGCCUCUCAUUAUUCCUGUGUCUGUGCCAGUGAAGAAGCUGGAUGCUCAAGAUAUCACCAGGGAAAGGGGCGAGGAUGGGAAGCAGCAGCGGUUCCUGGUUAAUGAUCAUGGGAUUGCAGACAGCAAGCCUUCUGUGAUUGUCACUCGGAGGAGGUCCAAUCGUAAUUUGAAUAUGGACUCAUCAGCUCAGCACGAAGGCACCGCUGCAAAAGAAGUGGAUGGUUUUGCACAGAAGCCAAAGCAACGACCAAGACCAGAGCCUCUUUUCAUACCCCCCAAAGCCGGCACCUUCAUUGCUCCACCAGUCUAUUCCAAUAUCACACCGUACCAGAGCCACUUGCGUUCACCUGUCCGUCUAGCUGAUCAUCCUUCUGAUAGGAACUUUGAGCUACCUCCUUAUACGCCCCCUCCCAUUCUCAGCCCAGUGCGAGAGGGCUCAGGACUAUAUUUCCAUGCUUUCCUUUCUGCUACUGGCAGUGCAGUUCCACCUCCAAUAACUCCAAAAGCUGCACACAGGACCCUACUGAGAUCUAACAGUACAGAAGCCACCCCUCCUGUCCUCUCAGUAAUGGGAGAGUGCACUCCUGUCAGCAUUGAACCGCGGAUCAAUGUGGGGUCUCGGUUUCAAGCAGAAAUCCCACUGCUUCGAGAUCGGUCUCUGGCAGCCGCCGAUGUGGCCAAGGAGCAGUUGGUGUGGCAGCCAUGGGAGGAGCUGGAAAAUAAUCCAGGAAUCCAGGAGAAUGUAGACAACCUGGUAACAGCUGCAUGUUCAAGCAUAUUUCCUGGAGGUGGUACCAAUCAAGAGCUGGCAUUUCACUGCUUACAUGAAGCAAAAGGAGACAUUGUGGCUGCUUUGACCAAAAUGCUGCUGAAGAAAUCGGUGCAUUCUCCGAGCCACCCGCUGGUAGAUUACCACUACACUGGGUCAGACAGCUGGAGCGUGGCUGAGAAGAAACACUUCAAUAAGGGAAUUGCUAUCUAUAAGAAAGACUUCUUCCUUGUCCAGAAACUUAUAAAAACCAAGACUGUGGCUCAGUGUGUGGAAUUCUACUAUACUUACAAAAAACAGGUUAAAAUAGGCCGGAAUGGGACUCUCAUCUUUGGGGAUGUUGACGCUACCAUUGAAAGAGCCGUUAAAGAUGAAGCUGAAGUAGAUAUAAAGGUAACAGAUCCCAAGCAGGAACUUCGAUGCUAA